AUGCAGAAACGAAAAAAGGGUAUUUUUUUUCUUGAUACGCCUGGAGGGACCGGAAAAACGUUUGUGAUUCAGCUUCUCCUUGCUAAAGACGUAGCCGUAGCUGUGGCUUCCUCUGGCAUUGCAGCAACUUUACUGUUCAGUGGCACGACAGCGCAAUCAACCUUUAAGCUACCAUUUGAUUUGGUAAGGUCCGCAGUGCCUUCCUGUAACAUCACCAAAACGUCUGAAAAGGGCUUGCUUCUCUGGAGUUGCCAGCUGAUAGUUUGUGAUGAAUGCACAAUGACCCACAAGCGAUCCCUCGAAGCUCUCAACACCACUCUUCAAGACGUCAGAGACUGUCCCGCUACGAUGGGUGGUAUAACUCUCUUCCUGUCUGGCGAUUUCCGACAAACGCUUCCUGUAAUACCCAAGGGAACCAGGGCAGAUGUAGUCAGGGCCUACCCAAAGUCCUCCCCACUGUGGAAAAAUGUUACAACAUUGUCUCUGAAAACAAACAGGAGAGCUCAGCUUCGUGGUGACCAGAUGGCAUCAGCUUCUGCAUCUGACAUAUUGUCAAUCGGAAACGGUACUGUUCCGCUCAAUGAAGACGGAGAACUGUCACUAACUCACCUCUACACCACUGUCAGUAAUUCCGAUUAA